AUGUAUUACAAAAGCCGGGGUAAAUCAAAGUGGUGUGAGUUUCACAGGGACUACGGUCACGUAACAUAUGACUAUAAAGACCUCAAGGACGGGAUCGAAGACCUCAUCAGAAGAGGCUACUUCACCGAGUACCAAACGAGGGUCGACCGGAAGUCCCCAUCUAUAGAAGAUGAAAACGGUAACAGAAGGUCAGUGAAAGACAGGAUCACCGAAAUCCAAGUCAUAUCUGGAGGGCCGACACGAGGUGGAAGCAUACAUGGUGCCAAAGCUAUCUUGAAAGAAGUGAGACACCAAGUGAACUACCACAACAUGGGGAAAUGGCUGGCACCACCAACCAUGUCGUCAGUAGCCUUUACGUUAGAGGACGCUAAGGGAAUUGUCUAUCCCCAUGAUUAUCCCUUGUUAGUAUCUCUGCAGAUAUCAAUGGCAAUGGUGCAUCGCAUGCUGGUGGAUGGUGGAAGUUCCGCCAACAUCCUAUUCAAGGAAACAUUCGCUAAGAUGGGCUUCGAAACUACAUGUCUGAAGCCGGUCUCAUAUCCAGUUAUCGGUUUCACAGGGGCAUCUGUCAUCCCAGAGGGAACCGUUAAGCUUGCAGUUUAG